GCUCUCAUCGAUUUCUCUUCUUCUUCUUCUUCUUCUUCUUCUUCUCGAUCGCCGCCGAUCUUCGUGCUUCCGAUUCGAGUGGCCCGAUCGUUGGUUCGUUGCUUUCGUCGUUUUCGCUAAGGUCGUUCAGUUCGGCGAUUGAUAGCAUGGCUAUUAAGACAGCAAGGAGUACUGUGGGUUGGCCACACGAUUCAGCUGCUCGCUAUAAAGCGCCAACAAGCCGCAGAGUUUGCACUUACUGGCUCGAAGGGAGGUGCAACCGGAAUCCCUGUAGGUUUUCGCACGAUGCAUCUCUUCUGCGCAAUGUUUACCAUCGAGCUGCAAAGCAGUCGAGUCAUAUGGCUGAGGAUUGCCCUGGGAGGAAGGGCCCUGAAUCUAGUCCAGUAGUGAAUUCAGCAAGUUCGACUUCUGGAGAGAGAAGUGAAUCGUCCACAAAUAAAAACCCUCUGAAGCCCCAAGAAAAACUAUGCAAUUUCUGGAUAACAGGCAACUGCGUGAAGGGCGAUGCAUGUCCUUUCUUGCAUUCGUGGUUUCACGGUGUUGAUUUUGCUAUCUUGGCAAAGCUAGAGGGCCAUAAAAAGGGUGUUUCUGGGAUAGCACUUCCUUCCGGAUCUACUAAGCUCUACUCUGGAAGCAAAGACGGAACGGCUAGAAUCUGGGACUGUCACACUGGUCAAUGUGAUCAGGUGAUCAACCUUGGAGGAGAAGUUGGGUGUUUUACUUGUGAAGGUCCUUGGGUGUUUGUUGGCCUGCCCAAUACUGUUAAGGCAUAUAAUAUCCAGAAUGGUGCUAGCUACAAUAUCAGUGGACCAGUUGGACAGGUCCAUGCUCUGGAAGUUGCUAAUGACAUGCUUUUUGCUGGAGCCCAGGAUGGCACUAUCUUGGUGUGGAAAGGUGGUAGUGAGGCCGAUCCUUUUCAGAUGGCUGCGCCUCUCAGGGGUCACACGAAGGGCGUGGUAUCAUUAACUGUUGGGCGCGACCGGUUGUAUUCUGGUUCCAUUGACCGGACCAUAAGGGUGUGGGACUUGCACACUCUGGAGUGUGUUCAGGAACUUGUUGGACACCCUGACGUGGUGAUGUCACUUCUUUGCUGGGACCAGUACCUGAUGUCCUGUUCAUUGGAUAAGACAAUUAAGGUCUGGGGGGUUGCCACUGAAGGAGGCAGCUUGGAAGUUGGCUAUACACAUCAUGAGGACCAUGGUAUUCUUGCACUGUCAGGGACAAUUGAUGCACAUGGUAAGCCGGUCCUUCUCUGUGCAUGCCUUGACAACACCGUUCGGUUGUACGAGCUCCCAUCGUUCACCGAAAGGGGCAAGAUAUUCUCAAGACGAGAAGUUAGGACUCUUCAAACAGCUCCCGGAGGCCUAUUCUUCACGGGAGACGCUGCGGGGACACUGACCGUUUGGAACUGGUUGGAUCGUCCAAAGAGCCAAAAAGAGCAGCUUCCUCAAGCGAUGGAGUCAUGCUAAGUAGAAGACAGAAUCAAGCUAUUGACAUUGGAGUUCAAAUUUCGCAAGGAAGACAAUGUCAUCUAUGCUACGAUGCAACUGGGAUUGUGAUUGAGAGCAAGAAACGGGACGGCUGUACCUACUUACUGUCUGCCCCACAAUACCAGUUUUUGGUCGUCUUUUUUGUAUAGACACUGAUUUUUUUGACAGCAACGGCUGGACUUGUAUAUGAUUCCUCAUUAGUAAUUGAAAUGCCUUUUGCUUGUCGAAUGGAAACCCCUUUUUUUUUUUUUU